UGUCUGUGAGGCUAUAAAUUAUUAUGUAUAUCUAUGUGUAUAUGUUUGAGACUUUUAUAUGUCUCCAGCUGAAGUUCAGCUUCCGGGUAAAUGUCGAUGUACUUCCGCUAAACUUCCUCUGCUUUACUUUCAUUGUUGACAGUUUGUUAACUACUGACACACUUUUUCAAAUCCUAGUUAACAGUCGGGUGAACUGUAGUCCGUACAUCUGGAAUGACAUGUCGCUGGUUUAUUAGACAAAGUGACCGCUGCGUCAGUUGUGUCGUGAAUGUUUUCUUCACUGUUAGUGAGCUAAGCAGCUAGCCGUCUAGCCUGCUGUACAGCUGAUGUCUGUCUGGGAAUCUGGACUGAAAGCCAAGAUUAUGUUUCUCGGUGUGCUUUUGUUAUGCUUUUACUUGUUUUGAAUAACCUGUGCAGCAUGGAAUCUGAGGGAAUCAUCAUCCGGAUAAAGACACCGGUGGGGGACAUGGACUCACUAGUGGAUUGUCCAUCACAUCUCAACUUUAACGAUUUGCUGGCCGCGAUCAGGGAUGUCAUGCCUGAAGCUACAGUCACAGCUUUUGAAUAUGAGGAUGAAGUUGGUGACCGAAUCACAGUUCGCAGUGACGAGGAGCUCAAAGCUAUGCUGUCAUAUUACUGCAACACAGUGGUGGAGCAACGCAUCAAUGGACUGUUACCUGAGCCUUUACAGAUAUUUCCACGAGCCGGUAAGACCCCAGGGAUCCGCAACAUACACGGCCUGAAGGUGAACACGCGGCCCGAAUCCUCGAGUGGCAGGGGCUCCUCUGCAGCUGAUUCCCGGUCCAACGAUAGCAGUUUAAAGAAGUCUUCAGCUGAGCUUAAGAAGAUUUUGACGAACGGACAGAUAAAUGAACAUGACCUCCAGUACCAGGAGCAACUUGGCCAUGGAAAUGGUGGAACAGUUUACAAAGCAUACCACAUGCUUGGGAAGAGAAUUGUAGCAGUGAAGGUUAUUCCUUUAGACAUCACAGUGGAGCUGCAGAAGCAAAUUAUGUCAGAGCUUGAGAUCCUUUAUAAGUGUGAUUCUCCAUACAUCAUAAAGUUCUACAGUGCUUUCUUUGUGGAGAACAGAAUAUCAAUAUGCACUGAGUUUAUGGAUGGGGGCUCACUGGAUGUCUACUGGAGAAUCCCAGAGCAUGUUUUAGGCAGGAUUGCUGUUGCGGUGGUAAAAGGAUUAACAUACCUCUGGAGCCUAAAGAUUUUACACAGAGAUGUGAAACCCUCCAACAUGCUGGUUAACACAAGGGGUCAGGUCAAACUGUGUGACUUUGGAGUCAGCACGCAGCUGGUGAACUCCAUUGCUAAAACAUAUGUCGGAACCAAUGCAUACAUGGCGCCAGAGCGGAUAUCUGGGGAACAGUAUGGUAUUCACUCAGAUGUGUGGAGCGUAGGCAUCUCUUUCAUGGAGUUGGCACUGGGCUCUUUUCCAUAUCCACAGAUUCAAAAGAACCAGGGUUCCUUAAUGCCUCUUCAGUUAUUGCAGUGCAUUGUUGAUGAGGAUCCUCCUGUGCUUCCAGUUGGCCAGUUCAGUGAGAAAUUUGUCCACUUCAUUACACAAUGUAUGAGGAAGCAACCCAAAGAGAGACCAGCUCCAACCAACCUUAUGAUACUCCACUAAUCUGCACCAUGCAUGCAAGUUCUCUGACCGUCAGGCUAUUGAUGUGAAUUUUGUAAGGGUUGUGUAUCCUUUGACACCUCUGCUGUGGAUUCAAUCGAGGAAGGACAAAAAAAGCAGCCGAGUGCAUUUGUUCUGCAUUAUUGGGAGGAUGCCGUGUGUAUGUUUGUGAAGGGCGCAUGAGUAUUCAGAUAAAAAGCUCUUGGAUAAAAAGUUGCAUGAGCAUUAUGAAAUUAAACCCUUCUAAAUGUUUCCAUUUUAACAUCUUUUAAAAAAACAUGUAUACAUUUUAACGUUCUUGGAAAUAUAAACACUUCUUUGAGGAUAAGGAGGAGAAAAAUUUACAGGAACUUUUACCAAUGUGAAGUUUGAGAUUGUCAGUCAGAGGUUAAUUAAAGCCUAUAAAAAGCUUUUAACGGUCAGUGGGAUUUCUAAUGCAUUUCUUAGCUCUCUAAAUUAGAGAUGAAAGAAUUCACAUAGUCAAAAUCAAACAGAAUCCCCCUUUUGAACACAAGGGAGGGUGUAGGGUUUUUUUUUGUUUGGAAAAUUUUAUAUAUUUAUAUAAUCAAAAUAUUUGACUAUAAUCAACAUAUAUGAUUUAUAAACAUUUGCAAAUUAUACAUUUUGAUGUUUAAUUUUGUGGAAAUUGUCAGGUUGUAUAAAGUAAAGUUAUUUAUUUAUUUAUUGCACAUUGUGUCCUCAUCCAAAAAGGAAACUUAUAAAUAUUGUCUCAUUUCUAAGACUCAGGCUUAAAUGAAAUACUUGAUUUAUCCACUGGAAUUUUGAGUCUCAUCCCAGGCUAAAUCUUUGUCUGGAAAAUCAGCCCACAGGCCUCUAGUGCUUAUUAACUCAAAAACUCUGUUUCAAAAAUGCUGUGUCCCAUCUCCCUUCUGUCUUUGUGCCACUUGGAACAACUUAAACUCUCCCAUAGGCUGGACUGAUGUAAUCUGAGGUUGUGUGUCGGCUCACACUAUCACAGAAGUUAGCACUCAGAGCCUUUAAAAGCUGUCAGCACAGCAGCUGGAUUUUGUCAGCACCACGGACAGCGCAGUCCAUAGAGAUCUAUGGACACACUUUCAGCUGCAUGCUGAAUGUGUGUGAUACCUGUGCUUCAGUGUUUGCUCACUCAUCGUCUAGUGAUAGACAGACAGGCUCCACUUUCAAUGAUGCCUAGCAUUUAACUCAUCUUUCUGAGAAUAGGUAAGAAAUUUGUGGGAUGUUCUUGUAUCUUCUUCAUCCUCUAAUAUCGGAUGUCUGUAUACUAGCGCUGUUAAUAAAACAUGCUGUUUCUUUUGAAUUUUUUUAAUGAAAUGGAUACUUUUUAUUCAGCAAGUGACAUUUAAAAAUUUACAAAAGAUCUAAGAAAAAAAUCAAAUAUUUUUCAAAGAAAUGUUCUUUUGAACUUUCUAUUCAUCAAAAAAUCCUGAAUCAUGUUUCUAUUUAUAUGUCUAUAACUUGUAAAGCUUUUAGUUUUAGUUAGAUGCAGUGCAGUGAUUGACAUCUUUCUCCCUCAUUGUCAGUCAGCCUUUUAGCACCUUUUGUCCCCUCCUGGCCUUUGCCACCCCACCCCCAACCCCCUUUCCCUGCGGGCUGUCCAGGGGGCUCAGCUGCAGCAGAUAUGAGCCUCAGCCAGGGACAAAAAGCUGUAAGAGUCCUACCAACUCGCAGAAUCUGCCACAGCGCUCCUAUAUCCACCCCCACGUUUCCUGAUUACGUGGGCUGAUGAGCUAAGGAGCGAUUGCUUGUGUUCAUGUGUUUUAAGACUCAUGGGAGUGGCUCUUAAAAAGACACAGUCUCGAUGAAUGCCAGCGGCCUGUGCCGUGGGGAUUCAGAUGAGAACAGGCUUUGAAAGCCCUCUGACACCGCUCUGAUGACUUGUUUACACAUUAGCACGCUGAGGAGCUUCUUGAACUCCCCAGAGGGUAAUCCUACCUUUUAGCUCUCUGAUACCGUGUCUGUCUGUCAUCCCUCCUUCCCACCCACCCCCUUGAGAAUGGAGGGUCUUCAAAGCUGCUGGACUCUCUUUGCCACAAAGACUUGAUCAAAUGUUAGAGCUCAGAGAAUCUGAAUAAAUCAAUCAAUUUCAGUUUAGCUCAGACAGUUUUUAAAGUCUGACAAAAGUCACCGUAUAUGGGUUUUGUCUUUAUAUUAGGGAUGGGAAGACUAAAGAAUUUAAUGGAAUUACUAAUUCCUCUUAAUAAUUAUGGUUGUACAUUUAAUUUAAUACAGUUUAAUUAAUAAUUCAUGGAAUUAAUCCAUUCCAUUAAUGAUUAUUUUAAUACUUUAAAAGGAUUAAAUGUAUGGAAAGAAAAUAAUCCAGUUGCAUUAUCCAUCCAUCCAUCCGUCCUAAUUUAGAGAGCUAAAAGCCGGGACACACCAACCCGACGACAAAGAAUUAGCGUCAACGAAAGCCGACGGUGUUGUCACCUUAAAAAAAAAUAUGUGCUUGAACACACCGAAAGAACUUCAGCCGACUCUCAACUAGCAUGUGCAUUGUGCGUCUCUGUAUAAAGGAGAUAACUGUCUAUUUAAAGGUGCCCUAGAAUUAAAAAUUGAAUUUACCUUGGCAUAGUUGAAUAACAAGAGUUCAGUACAUGGAAAUGACAUACAGUGAGUCUCAAACUCCAUUGUUU